AUGUGGAGUACAGCUCACUCAGCCUCUCUUCUGCUCCCGUUUGUGGUGAUAUUUGUCGUUUCAGACGCCAUCCGGCUUCUGAAGGAGGGACCCAUGAUCGAUGCUGAAGGGCGGGAGUACAAAGGUUUGAGGGUCAGUGCAGAAGACUUUAGUGAGCCUCCACCCAGUGAUGAACCCACGGUCCGUGUGCAGUGUACAGAAACCUCCAUGAUUGUCCUGGUGAAGGCCGACCUGUUCAGGACUGGUCGUCUGGUUUCUGCAGAGGAGCUGUUUUUAGGAGCUGAUCCGUCCCAGAGUCGGUGCAGAGCUGCUGCUGCUGCAGGUGACUCAGAGUUUGUGAUUGAAGCUGGUCUGCAGGACUGCGGCUCCAGGCUGACUGUAGGUUCAUCAAAACACAGAAACUUUAAUGAUCUGUAAUCAGAGACGUAUCCUGCUGUUUCCAUCAGGUUUUAAAGUGUUUUUAAACUCUCACAGGUCUCUGAGGACUCUGUGAUCUACUCAAACAUGCUGAUCGUCUCACCUGUUGUCAGGUAUCACGGCAUCACGAGGACGGCUCCUGCUGUAGUCCCUGUUUCCUGUCACUAUCAAAGGUAAAACAUUUAAAUCUUGAGUCUCUAACAGAGAAAAACUGUCAGACUGACUUUCACUCUCUCUGACAGGACACACUUGGUGAGCAGUAACACUCAGCCGUCGUCUCUGACUCCCCCUUCUCCAACACAGGACUCUGCUUUCUCUCUCACACUCAUGAACGGUAUGUUGGGAAAAUUGAGUGUUUGGAUCUGUCAGGGUUAGAGCUUUUAGUCUCUUGUUGGGCCUUUACAUGGUCGGUGUACUUUAAACACAGCUUUCAGUAUCAGAAAACAGAACUAAUCACAGAUGUAAGCAUAGAAUCAAAUAUAAAACUGAAUAUAACAACAAACUGCUCACAGACGAGGGUUUUUGGAGGUGAUUUUGACCCUAAGCAGUGAUUUCCACUGCAGAGUCGUGUCUCUUUAACGCAGAAACACCUCAAGGCUCUGAUUUGUGUUGAAUCCAUUAUUAACAACUUCCAAAAAAAGCUCAAACACGAGGAUAAGUCCUUGUUUGCCUGCAGACGACUGGACACAAUCGACUUCCUCCAGAUCCUUCUACCUGGGUGACCUCCUGCACCUGCAGGCGUCUUACUCCGCUCCUGAUUCGGCACACAGACAGCUGUUCAUCGACGGCUGUGUGGCCACUCUGUCACCUGAUGUCACAUCAGUGCCCAGAUACUACUUUAUCGAAAACAACGGGUAAGACUACGAGUACGAUCAGAACACGAAGAUCUAGAAACGUAGACCUGUACCUGAUCCACAGGUUCUAUAAAUAAUUCCAGGUGCCUCGCUACAGCGAGAGACGGAGGAACAAACUCGGCUUUCCUACCCAGAACGAGAGCUGAUUCCCUUCAGCUGCAGAUGGAUGUUUUCCUGUUUCAGCAGGACUCCAGAAACUCAGUGAGACACCCUCACCCUUCUCAGCAUCAUUUAAAAGUCUAGAAGAAUCUGAAUGAUUUCAUGACUGUCGUGUUCUUGUUUUCUCAGGUAUUCAUCACCUGUUGGCUGAAAGCUUCCACCGACAUGUGGAGGAGCAGCCCUGUUAGCAAGUCCUGCAACUACAUGCAGUCAAGGUGAUUUAUUUUUACUUUCAUAACCUCUUAAUUUAAUGUUCAAACAGGAUUGCAUGAAACAUAAAUUAUCAAAUCAGCAGAUAAAGGGUUUAGAUGUAGAUGGUAUCAACACUAAAUUUAUAUUUCAGCAACAAAUCAAGUGUUCUGAAGUUUAAAUAUGAUUUAAAAAAGUGUUUGUUUCCUCUCCAGGUGGACAAAUGUGGACGGUGGUGAUGACGUGUGCAGAUGCUGCGACAGUACCUGUAACAGACCCUUUACUAACUGGAGAGGAGCCUCACAUGCAAAACCUCCGACAUCUGAAGGUGAGAGAGAAACAGUUUCAUCAUUAGUCUCUUUUUUUUCUUGUCCAGAGUUUAAACUAAACUUUCUUCUGUUUACAUGUUUAAUGUUUCAGAUCUAACAGCUUGCGUAACUCUCGGCCCUUUGGCGGUUUACCCCAGGAAGUAG